AUGGAUCUUGAAUUGGUAAAAAGUGGGUUGAAUUUCUCCAAGAAAAAGAAGAAGUGGCUAGUUUUACUUGCCGUAUUUGGUUUUUCGAGUUUUGGUGCGUAUAAAGUGUAUAACUUGCCGUCUGUGGUAAGGAAGAGGAAGAGGGUUGUAAAGCUCUUGGGAACCCUAGUUUCUGUAGCCGAGAUGGUUUCUGAUUCCGCGGAGACAGUUAGUGUUGUCUCCAAGGAUUUAAAGGAGUUUUUGCAAUCAGAUUCAAACAAAAUGCCCAAUAGUUUGAAGCAAUUAUCGAAAAUUGCUCGAUCUGAUGAGUUAUCCAAGUCGUUGAUUGGGGUUUCCGAGGCUAUGGUGGCUGGGGUUUAA